AGCCUACUUCAACAACAGAAUCUACCACAUCACCUACACCGACAACUACCACAAAGCAUACUACAACAACUGAAUCUACCACAUCACAGCCUAGAUUAACAAAUGAAACAAUAAUUCCUAUUACUGGAAAUGCAACAAAAUAUACAGAACACCAAAUUCUAAAUACAACAACAGAAUCAACCACAACAUCAACGCCGACACCAACAACUACUGCAAAAAAUAAUACAACACUAACAGAAAAACCUACAUCAUCAACCACUACACCAACAACUACCACAAAGCCUACUACAGCAGAAUUGACUUCUUCAUCUACUGUUACACCAAUAAUUGCCACAAGUUCUACUACAACGACAACAGAACUGACACCAACUACCACAAAGCUUACUACAACACUAACACCAGUACCUACAACAACAGCAUUUACACCUAUGGUUUCCAGCACUACACCUUGUUUUUGUGUAUUUAAUGGAAUACAUUAUAAUCCUGGAGAUAAAAUAGUUAAUAAGAACCACACUGGCUCAGGGAUCUGCCUAACCCUGAUCUGCUCUGAAAUCUGUGUAGUUCAGAUCACCACAGAGCCAUGUCCUUCACCACCUCCACCCUACGGAUGUCCUAAAUGGAACAAAAAUACCAACGAGACCUUUAUGUUUUGUAAUUGCACCAUGGCAAGGUGCAUAAAAGACAACAUCAUUGAAAUUAUCCCAUUUGAAUGCCCUCCACUGCAGAACAUCACCUGUGAAAAUGGCAAAAAACCAGUGCUGGUCUAUGAUGAGCACCACUGCUGCCCGUAUUACACAUGUGACUGUUUUUGUGAAGGCUGGGGUGACUCACAUUACAUUACAUUUGAUGGACACUUCUACAGUUAUCAAGGAAAUUGCACUUAUAUAUUAUUGGAGGAAAUUAGGCCCCAAUACCAUUUGAAGAUCUACAUCGACAGAGUCUACUGUGACCUUGUUGAGCAUGUAUCCUGUCCCAGAUCUGUUAUUGUGUCUUACAACAAUCUAAACAUAACACUCAUGAAUCUCAAUCAUAUCGGAGAUGCAGACCUAGAGGCUGUCGUGGACAAUGUUAAGCUAAAGCUGCCAUAUGCUCAUAAUGGUAUGAGGGUCAUAAGCUCCGGCCAAGACUUGCUCUUGAGUAUUCCAGAUCUAAGUGUUAAUAUAUCAUUUGGAGCCACUGGCUUUGGCAUCAACCUGCCAUUCCAGCAUUUUGGAAACAACACACAAGGUCACUGUGGAACAUGCAACAACAACAAGGCUGAUGACUGCAUGAUCCCUGGAGGGAUCUUGGUGGACGACUGUGCUGUGAUGGGAGAUUACUGGCCAGCCAGUGAUGUGAAUAGUGAAAUUUGCACUCCACCACCUGCAUUACCUACUGUUGGGGGUAUUAGCAAACCUACAUCUAAGCCAUGCCAGGCCCAUUCUUACUGCAACCUCCUCAAAAGCAAGUUGUUUGAAGCAUGCCAUUCCCAUCUGUCCCCCGAAAACUUCUUUUUAGGAUGUGAAUAUGAUAGUUGUCAUGAGAGCAACCCUGCCUUGGUGUGUACCAGCCUGCAGAGCUACGCGAGGGCUUGCUCUCAAUUAGGGAUCUGCAUUCACUGGAGGAACUACACUAACCUUUGCAAUAUUGAAUGUUCAGCAGAUAAAGUCUACAAUGCUUGUGGUCCAGCUGAGCCACCAAGCUGUGAUUUACCUGACCACAACACCAAUACAGUGACCACAGAGGGCUGCUUCUGUCUUGAGGGCACAUUGCUCUUCAACAAGGAGUCAGGAGUCUGUGUGAACAAAUGCGGAUGCCUGGAUGCCUCUGGGAUGCCACGUAAGUUCGAUGAGGUUUUCGAGUACAACUGUGAGGAGUGUAUCUGUGAUAAGGCCAGAAAAUCAGUGAUCUGUAAGCCCAAGAAGUGUUCUAAUGUCAACCCUGGGAUCUGCACUGAGCCCGAGUUUGUGCUGGUGAAUGUCACCAAUCCUUCAGACCCAUGCUGCAGUAAACAAGUUUGCAACUGUAAUGUCAGCAUGUGUCCACCUCUGGAUAAAAAGUGUGGAGUCGGAUAUGUGCCAGUCCUGAAAGUGCCUUAUGGAAAAUGCUGUCCAGAAAUCAAAUGCGAGUCAAAGAAAGUGUGUGUGCACAAUAACACAGAGCAUGAGCCUGGUACAAACAUCCCCGUCACUGACUGUCAGGAAUGCAGCUGUACGAGCGACGUGGAUCCUGAAACACAGUUGCUCAAGGUCAAAUGUGGAUCUGUGCAGUGCAAUGAGAAAUGUGAUUCUGGUUAUGAAUACAUUAAAAAGAACCUUGAUGACUGCUGUGGAAAGUGUGUGCAAACUCACUGCACUGUCAAUUUCAAUGGCGUCAAUCAUACAUUAAAGGAAGGAGAGACUUUUCCCUCUACAAAUCAGAGCUGUGACAGAAUCACGUGUACUAAAGUUAAUGGACAUUUCAUCACCAACAAAUAUACAGUCCAGUGCCCUCCUUUCAACAUUUCCAACUGCAAGCCUGGCACUGUUCAGCAGUCACCUGAUGGCUGCUGUCCUGUUUGUGUGGACCAAAUUAAGGGAUGUCAAGUACAGACCGUUCGCGAUUACAUAAAACACAAAGACUGUCAGUCAGAGGAGAAACUAAACCUGACAUUUUGUAGUGGAGACUGUACUAGUUCAAGCUGGUACACUGAAGCUGGAAUGUCCUCUUGUACCUGUUGCCAGGCCACUCGCUCAAGUAAUCGUACAGUGUCUCUUGGUUGCUUAAACAGUGAUAUAGUAACCCACACAUAUGUCUAUGUUGAGGAGUGUGCCUGCAGCAGAACUAACUGUCAUGAAAUGGGAAAGAACCACACACUUCCUGAAGACCGCCAAAUAAGCACAUAACUUAAGCCAUGUGCGGCAGCAGUGAAUUAUCUACCCGAAGACACUGGAAGAAAACUAAAUGAAAUCUCAAUUAUCUUUUUGAAACUUUAAUUAGAUUUGUGCAUGCUCUAUGUUUCACAUUUCUUAAACUUUACCUAUAGAUCUUUUCUUUUUUCUUUGUUGGCUAAAUGUGCCCUUUUGCUUGUUUGCAUUUAAAUCAAAUUAAAAAGCAUUUUAAAACUCAA